AUUCAGUUCCAGACUUCACCUCUGACCCACCGAAGAGCUCCAACUCUAACACCUUGACAUGGACAGUUUCUGUGCGGUGGUGAGCAUGACAACCUGACUGGAAAACAUCAAAGUGGUUGGUCAGAGAUAAGAAGACAAACAUCAGUCAUGUCUGGGGCUACUCCUCCGAUUCUCUCCGUCCAUCCCUGUCAGGCUCUGGUUGAUGAGACGUUCAGUGUGGUGGUGGAGAAUCUGCCUCCAGGACGUCCAGUCACCGUCCGCUCCCUCCACCAAUCUGAAGACAAGGACUUCUGGGAGGCCUACGGGCACUACGUCAGCGACCACCAUGGGACUGUCUCUGUUUCAGAAGAUUUGAGCCUCGGAGGAACAUACAGGGGAAAAGAGCCCAUGGGUUUGUUGUGGAGCAUGCGUCCUGUCCCGGGCAGCCGCACUGGCCUCAGGUUGAGGAAGGUAAAUGUGUGCGCCCCCUUACUGGUGAACAUCUCGGUGUACAGCGGACACGAAAACUUCAGAGAUAUCCCCCCGCUGGUCUCAACACUUGUAGAGAGGUGGUACAUGGCUCCGGGCGUCAAGAGGAUUGAAAUCAAUGAGAAAGGAAUUCGAGGGACGUUGCUCAUACCUGCAGGUCCAGGACGCUAUCCCGGACUGCUGGACCUUUGGGGAGGGGGAGGAGGGCUGAAUGAGUAUCGUGCUGCUCUGCUGGCGUCCCAUGGUUAUGCUUCUCUGGCGGUGGAUUAUAUCAAGGCUGCUGAAUAUAAGACGAAAGAUCUGCAGCUGAAAUACUUUGAGAUAGCAUUUAAUAUUCUCAAGGAGCAUCCUCAAGUGAUGUCAGACAGAGUUGGAAUAAUUGGUCUCUGUCUUGGCUCACUCAUCGCCCUGUCCUUGGCAGCUUACAGCACCAAUAUCAAGCCUCAUUGUAUCAUUUGCAUCAGCAGCGUCCUCACCACCUCAUCCGGGAAAUUAAUCGGUGGAAUCAGUGAAGGGAUACCCGAGAGAGCUCAAAAGACGCGCGUGGAUGAGAAUAACCAUCAUAUCUGGAGAGAUGUUGGUGUGGCGCUUCUUGACGAGCCCUCAAUGAAAGUGGAGGUGGGAAAAAUAAACUGUCCAAUGUUGCUGCUUCAUGGGUGUGAUGAUCAGAACUGGGCUUCAUUGGAGUCAGCUCAUGAAAUCUACAAGAUGAUGCGUGCAGCUGGGAAGGAACACCUAGUGGCCAAAGUGGACUACCCAGGUGCUGGACAUCUGAUUGAGCCGCCUUUUUCACCUCAUUUCAGAGCAACAAAUUUUAUUCCACAGGGUACUAAAGAAAAAUUGAUUGUCCUUUGGGGGGGAGAAACCAAAGCCCACUCUGACGCUCAGGAAGACUCCUGGAAGAAGAUCUUGAGUUUUCUGCAGCAGCACAUGUACAGCAACCCCAGUACUAAAUCUAAAAUUUGAUUGGUCACAUGACUUCAGACUGCACUCCAGUCACUUCUCCAGAACCAUCAUGCACAUCAGAUUCUUCCACACUGACCAAAUGUCUCUGUUUACAAUUAAAAUUCACAAAGUAAACAGAUGAAUGAUUGAAUGAAUGAAUGAUUGAAUGAAUGAAUGAAUGAAUGAAUGAAUGAAUGAAUGAAUGAAUGAAUGAAUUUUAACUUCCCUAAUUAUAUUGGGCUGAUAAGUGACGGGUCCGUAUAGGAGAAAAAUUAUUUAAUGUUUAUUGGGGUGAUGAAUAAAUUUAAUCUAAAUAACUUAAAACUAAAUAACUAAAUAAAUUAAAUUGCUUGCCUGCAGAUGGCACUUUUAAAAACAGGUUGCAGUUUGUUCAGCAAGAUUCUGAGCUGAGGAAAGAUCUUUAAGACAACUGGCCUCUACCUCACCUGAAAUGUUGCCAUGAUAACUAAGCUAUAUGAUAAGGAAGAAGAAAAUUCAGCCGAUAGUCGUACCUCGGAUUCAAGAGAAACAAUGUGGUUUUCGUCCCGGUCGCGGGACACUGGACCAGCUCUACACCCUCCGCAGGGUGCUUGAGGGUUCAUAGGAAUUUGCCCAACCAGUCUACAUGUGUUUUGUGGAUCUAGAGAAAGCAUUCAGGAAGCUGUGGCUAGCAACGUUGAGGCUAAAAACGAUAACACAGAGCGUUGAUGUUCCCACCCAGCAGACGUUUGAAAACUGUAAAAAAAAAAAAAAAAAAAAAAAAGUUUUUCUAAAGCCAUAAGUGACGAACUCACUGAAUUCAUAGGACUUGUGAUAAUUAUCUAAACAUUUGAUGUUCAGGAUUUUAUUUUUGUCGUCAUAUGUAAGUGCUCUUUGUUAAACCUUUGAAAAUGUUUUAACUUAAGCUCCAAAUACUUUUCUCAUCCCCAUGUACUAAAAGUUGAAUACAUGUAUUUCUUUUUUUAUUCAUAAAUCCUUGAACAUGAUUUUCAUGUGCAGAUUUGUUUGGAAAAGGAAACUGUAAAUUCUUUGUUUUGACAUACUGUAAUGGUACAUUUGAUUGCCUGAAUUCAUAUGUAAAAUGUUUUGAUUCUGCCUGAACCAUUUUCUGUUUUUAAAUUAUACAGCAACUUCCCAACUUAUGUUUUGUAAAGACUGAUAUAACGUACUGGCCGCACACAAAUUCACUGUGAGCAUCAAAAUAGAUGUUUCAAUCGUCUGACUUGGAAUUGAGGCCUAAUUAUUAAGGCGCCACACUGUUAUGUGUAUCGAUGUGGUUAUGGAAAUACAGAAAACAAUCAAUACGAUAUGACUCACCAAUACAAUAAACAAAAUACUUUGUAUUAAUAUUCAGAAUUAUAUUAACUUUUAAAGUUUCAUGACUUUGACUAUUGCUGGAAUUUCCCCAUUUUUAACUUAAAUCAUAACUACCUUGCAGUAAUUUAUUGUUAAAGAAUAUUUAAGCAUUCCACACCAAAGGAAAUUAACUACAUCGGUGCUCUGCAUAAAUGCAAUCAGGAGGAGCAAGCAGUCCAUGUACUGAGGCUACAGCCCUUGUGCAGUGGUUGGAGGUUCCAGUCCUGGCCUGUUGCUCUGUGCUGCAUGUCCUCCCCUUUCUCUCUCUCUACCCCCUUCCUGUCUGUACACUUUGAAUAAAAGCCACAAAAAAUUGAAAAAAAAUGCAAUCACACCUCGAUAGAGAGUGGCUGAAAAGCCAAAAGCCAUUGACUCCCAUGUUAAAAUGUCAAACUUUAGAAGAGAAAUAGACAUAUGUACAGCCUGAGCUGUCAGCCCCAACUGCCCAAUAUUUAGUGUGCCAGAAGGGCCAAAAUAAAGUCUACGUAUAAUCUGCUGGUGGUGUUUGGCACUCUAUAGUGUUCCCUCACUGGUUCUUCAGUAGCCAGCAACGUAUUCAUGCUAUUAUUUCUUUUAAUAUUUGACUGAUAGGGAUUAGGGUUGGUGGGGAACGGGAUUGGGUGGACAGGUGGGAUUUGUUUUGUUUUUACUGUUAAGCACUUCGUGCUGCAUGGCAUUGUACAAAAAGUGCUAUAUUAAUUGCUAUAUAAGUUGGAUUGAUUUGAUUUUGAUGUGUGUACUGAUAUGUGUAUUGAUAAUGCAUUGGUGUAUGUGUAGUGUUGUUUGAUGUGUGUAAAUUAAUGUAUGAUAUUUCAUAGUUAUGUUGGAUGUAACCCCUCCAUUUGUGCAAGAGCUGAAACGGUCAGAGCUGAGGAGACAAAUAAAGCAGUGAUGUUGAUCUAACAGGAU